AUGAAGUCAAAUAAGCGAUCUGAUCCUAAUCAGUCAACACAUUGGCAUGAACUUACUGAAAACAUCGAGGAAGACGCAAGAGAUGAAGAUAAUGCGGUGACUGAUGAUCCGGAAAACUCAGAAAUACCAAAUGGUCUUGAAAACAGUUCAGAAGAAUCAGAUGAAAGUUCAAUUGAAAAUGACUCCGGUGAUGAAUCCGAUACAAGUUACGCUGAAACUGAACAUACUAGCGACGAAGAACCACCAUUGGAAGGAUCCGAAGUGAAAAUAUUUUCGACAAGAUCUGGACGACAAUGGACCGCAGAAGAGCCACCCAAACGAAAAUUGUCACUAGCAAGCAUUAUAAAGCAGCGAAUUGGUGUUGAACGACUAACUACAACUAUUCAAACUGUGAAAGAUGCCUUUCAAUGUUUGAUCACGAAAGACAGAAUACUUCUUCUUGAAACAGAUAGCAACGAAAUCUGGGCUUUCAUCGGAAUCCUAAUACUUGCAGGCGUUCAUCGAUCCAAAAAUGCAGAUCUCAAUGAUUUGUGGUCGACAAUCAACGAACGACCAAUAUUUCGAGCCACUAUGGCUAAGAAUCGCUUCAAAAGCUUGCUUCGUUUUUGUCGAUUCGACAACAUAGCCACUAGAGAGCAAAGAUUGAAAGGAAAUAAAUUAGCCCCAAUCAGAGAGUUAUGGUUGAUGUUCUUAGCUCAACUACGAAUAUGUUACACGCCUGGCGAAUCUCUAGCUGUUGACGAACAACUUAUUCUGACGUGUGAUUGUUGCAACUUUCACCAAUACAUACCUAGCAAGCCUGGCAAGUAUGGUUUGAAGAUACUUUGGUGUUGUGAUUCGAGCACGGCGUAUCCACUGAAUCGUGACGUUUAUCUUGGGCGUCAAUCUGAAACGUCAGCUGCAACUCAAGCUACAAAUCGUAUUAGUAAUCUGGUGAAACGACCGGUGCGUCCAUGGAUCAACACCGACAGAACAGUCACCACCGAUAACUAUUUUAGCAGUGUAGAAUUGGGUGAAGAACUAUUGGGAAUGAACACUACUCUUGUUGGAACUAUGCGACGAAGCAAGAAAGAAAUUCCACGAUAG